UCCACGCCGUGCCCGUAGAAAUUUGUCUCUCACGCCCCAAUCCAAUCACACACUCUCUCAGCUCCACCACCACCACCGUCCACCACCGCCACCACCACCGUUCCAAAACCCUUCUCCUCCACCCUAAUCCCAAUCCUCUUCACUUGCAUUCGUUCCGUUAACCCCUUUCUCCGCGCAAUUUCUUCAAUUCUAGGGUUAGGGAUUUCUUUCUCUUCUUCUUCUUUGUUUUCACUGAGGGUGUAGACGCGGUGGCCAGUUCUCGUUCAAUGGAGGCCACCGCCACUCGCGGCGCCUCUCUCCAGCUCACGCCUCCCUCCCGCAAAGAACGCCGUGCUGUCUCUGACCAUCUUCAUUCCGCCAGAAACCCCAACGACGAGGAGUUGGCAAAUGCAAAACUAGGGCAGUCAGAUGAGAGAACCAUAUAUGAGGUGCAGCAAGGAAGAGAGCCUCUUGAUGUUGAUUUUUGUUCAAUAACAGUGGACGGAACAUUAGACAAUGAUAUUUUACAGCAACAACUUCAUAAUGUUGUUAGACAAAGGCAGGAAAUGCUGCAAGUGGAAAUUGAACUAAAAGCUCAAAUCAUUGCCAGAAGUGAGAUAAUGGAAAUGCGAAGCACCUUUGAUGCUCAAGUCAAGGAACAUGCUAAUAAUACCAGCAGGCUUCAGGAACAGCUUUGUGAAAGGGACCAGACAAUUCUUGAGCUGGAAAGGAGAAUGGAAGAGAAAGAUAGGGAACUCCAUACUAUUAAACUAGACAAUGAAGCGGCAUGGGCUAAACAAGACCUUCUGCGUGAGCAAAGCAAAGAACUAGCAACAUUUAGAAGGGAGCGUGAUCAUGCAGAAGCUGAAAGAGCUCAACAUAUAAAACAAAUACAUGAUCUGCAAGAGCAUAUCCAAGAAAAAGAUAGGCAGCUCAUUGAGUUGCAGGAUCAAAAUAGGGUUGCUCAGGAGACCAUUAUGAUUAAAGAUGAGCAGGUCAGAGAGGCACAAGCAUGGAUAGCUCGUGUUCGAGAGAUGGAUGUUUUCCAAUCAACUACAAACCAGACUUUACAGGCUGAAUUGCGAGAGCGCACAGAGCAAUAUAAUCAACUGUGGAUGGGUUUCCAGAGACAGUAUGCAGAGAUGGAGAGACAUCAUUUGCAUACUAUUCAGCAACUACAGCUUGAGCUGGCUGAUUCGAGAGAGAGGAGUGGAGCUUACAAUGACGAUUCACGAAUGUCCCAAAUAAAUUCAAAUAAUAAUGUAAAUCAGUAUGGACAGGAAAAUGCAAGCCAAUUUGACUUAAAUGGAGGUAAUGCUUCAGGUGGAAAUAAUGGUCUCCAUCCAAAUGAAAGCUCUGAUAAUGUUCCACCUUUUGCAUCUACGAGCAAUCCGCAAAUUCAGGCUGAUCAUGUAGCUGGUGUCCCUAUUGCUCCAUCGUCUUUAAUUGUCCCACCAUCAUACCUCCCACCUGGCCAAGUAACUGCAUUACAUCCAUAUGUUAUGCAUCAGCAAGGAGUGCCCAAUUCAGUUGCAUCGCAUAUUCCUCAAUCACAUAUUGGACAUUUUAACCCAGUGCCCACAAUAUCACCUGUGCAACAGUGGCAAAAUCCGCAGGCUGUUUCAGAGGAUUCACAGGUAUCCAUGCAGGAUAAUCCUUCAUCGUCCCAAGCUGAUCCAAAUUUGACUAGAUCUGAUGCCAUGUAUAAUUAUGAAAUAUCUGUUAAUGGCCAAACUCCUCAUAGAGAUUAUUCAGAUGCUCACAUCCACCAACGCGAGGAGCCACUGACUGUAGUUUCUUCAUCUUUAGGGGAAACACAGGUUCUUCAGUCAGCUGAUAAAGUUCAGCUCGUUGCUUCCCAACAAGAUCAAAGCUUACAACAAAUGUCUGCACAGUUCUCUGAUGCAUUGAGAUUGAACUCUUUUGAACCAAAUGGUGAAAUGAAGGAUCAGAAUUCGGGGACAUUAUCUAUUGAUGGAGAUGAAGACCAUAUUUUGUUAGCUGAGCAAACAAGUUCUGGUGCAAAUGCAUCGUCUGUCACAAACCAUUCAAUUAAUCAUGAUGAAAUGAUACAGAAUAAUUCUAACGAUUCAGUCUUGUCUGAAGCAUUUACCUCUACUGGGCAGACAAAUUCAACAUUUGCAAAGACCUCAGAGACUUCCUUCCUUGAUGAAAGGUCACUGUUAGCUUGUAUUGUUCGCACUAUUCCAGCUGGUGGUCGAAUUCGAAUUAGUUCAACGCUCCCUAACAGACUGGGCAAGAUGCUUGCACCCCUACAUUGGCAUGAUUACAAAAGAAAGUAUGGAAAGCUCGAAGACUUUGUGGCUAGCCAUCCUGAAUUAUUUUUUAUCGAGGGUGACUAUAUUCAGCUCCGUGAAGGAGCACAAAAAAUGAUAGCUGCAACUGCCGCCGUUGCCAAAGUUGCUGCAGCAGCUGCAGCAUCAUCUCCUUACUCUACAUACAUGCCCACUGUAGCUGUCACGCCAAUGGCUCAAUCUCAUCGCAUGAAGAGAUCUCCAAUUGAUUCCAAAAGUAUCAAAACUGAAAAGUCACUGCAGGAAUAUGCGGCCAUAUCUUCAAAUAUUAUGAAUCCUCUAAACUUUUCAGCAGUCCAGCAUCAGCAACCAAAUGGUGUGUUCGGUAUUCCUGGGGGUGUUUCAAAUGUUAAAAUUUUGAGUAAAUCUAAGGAUUCCCGUGAAUUGAAUGGCCUUGAAGGUAGGAAUAUCCAGUCUUCUGCACAGUUAGCUAUUGGUAAUGGGGGAAGCCUUGACAGAAGUAUGGGCGGUGCCCCAAUUUCAGGCUCUGCAAAUGGGAGGCUAGUCUCAAGCCUUGCUUCUAAGCAGCAGGCGAGGUCAACUGGUGCUGUGUUGUACCCUCCUCGAAGAUAGAAACAUGCAGGUAUAGACUGUCAUGCGUGGAUGAUAAUAUGUAUGGUCGAUGUUUACCGUUUGAGGGGAAGAAUUUUUUUGAAGCAUUGACAAAGUAAUCUUGUGUCGUGGGCAAAUUAUGAUCUGAAUUGUCGAUGCUGUCUCCAUUUCCUGUAGUAAUUUAUUUCUCCUUCCUUUUUCAUUUUGGUGUGCUUUCAUUAAUUUGGGCCUCCUCGUGCUUUUGUUGUUCAUGCGUACAUUGCAUGUUAUAACUCAUCAAUAUCCUUUUUUUGUGAAUGCUUGAAAGAUUAACCAACUUAGUAAACAUUUUCAGUUUGCCAA